AUCCCGAAAAAUCACUUCUUACUGCAACCCAAAAUAUAACAGCUCUCCAAAAUUUCAGCCCAAAAAAUCAACUUUACUCAUUUUUCCAGAUGACCAGAAAAAAGCUUCUGCAUUAAUUGAAAAAAUAAGCUCUCAGAUUCUCAUUCCACCUUUUGAAGCAGUAACUUACAACCCCAACAAACUGACUGAUUUUUCAGAAUUUGAAAUGCCAUCCAAGUUUUCUGCUUUAGAUUUAGAUGAACAGGAUACUUCAACUGAAAUAACAUUUCAAAAGUACUGCUCACCCAGACAUACUAAAAACAAAACAAAAAAGCAUUUAAAGGCAUGGAAGUCUAAAAACAGAAAACGUAGAUGUAGAGGAUCUGGUUUCACUCUCAAAAAGUCACCUUCUUGUAGCUCCAAAACAUUGUGCUCCCUAUAUGAUAGCACAUCUGGCACUCAAUCUGACACCACCACAUUUCAUUCUGGCACUCAAUCUGACACAACCACAUAUCAUUCUGGCACUCAAUCUGACACCACCACAUCUCAUUCUGGCACUCAAUCUGACACCACCACAUUUCAUUCUGGCACUCAAUCUGACACAACCACAUCUCAUUCUGGCACUCAAUCUGACACCACCACUUCUCAUUCUGGCACUCAAUCUGACACCACCACAUCUCAUUCUGGCACUCAAUCUGACACCACCACAUCUCAUUCUGGCACUCAAUCUGACACCACCACAUCUCAUUCUGGCACUCAAUCUGACACCACCACAUCUCAUUCUGGCACUCAAUCUGACACCACCAAAUCUCAUUCUGGCACUCAAUCUGACACCACCACAUCUCAUUCUGGCACCCAAUCUGACACCACCACAUCUCAUUCUGGCACCCAAUCUGACACCACCACAUCUCAUUCUGGCACUCAAUCUGACACCACCACAUCUCAUUCUGGCACUCAAUCUGACACCACCACAUCUCAUUCUGGCACCCAAUCUGACACCACCACAUCUCAUUCUGGCACCCAAUCUGACACCACCACAUCUCAUUCUGGCACUCAAUCUGACACCACCACAUCUCAUUCUGGCACUCAAUCUGACACCACCACAUCUCAUUCUGGCACCCAAUCUGACACCACCACAUCUCAUUCUGGCACUCAAUCUGAUAUCACCAUAUCAGAUAUCACUGAACCUACUGUUUCUUCAACAUUCACUUGUAUUCUUUCCACUGCAAGUAAAUCGUUAACAUAUUGUUCAUCUAUAAAAAUAUU